GCGUAAUGGCAGCGCGGUGGCCUCGCGUCCAUCUUUACCGCUCUCUCGGACCUGUCACAAAGGAGUCGUGCAGCCGCCGCCCCCUCUCUCCGGUGGACCAGGGAGCUGGAGAAAAACUGCCACUGGAUGACCAGUAUCCCCUGUAGUUGAUAAUGUUGGAUACCAACUGUGCCACUUUCUUUGGUGUGCAGUUGUUACAAACAAAUAGGAUGAAAGUUCUUCAACUCCAGAUUAUCAAAAUGGUACUUGGAAAACUGAAAACUAUCUAAAUGAUUGUCUUUGGUUGGGCCGUGUUCUUAGCGAGCAGAAGCCUUGGCCAGGGUCUCCUGUGGACUCUUGGAGAGCACAUAGCCCACUUCCUGGGGACGAGAGGCACCACGACCAUGGGCAACUCUUGUAUCUGCCGAGAUGACAGUGGGGCAGACGACAGUGUUGACACCCAGCAGCAACAGUCUGAGAGCAAUGUAGUGCCUGCUGCUGACACGAGGAGCCACCCCCGGGACCCUGUUCGGCCACCAAGGAGGGGUCGAGGACCACAUGAGCCGAGGAGAAAGAAACAAAAUGUAGAUGGGCUGGUGCUAGACACACUGGCAGUAAUACGGACUCUUGUAGAUAAUGAUCAGGAACCUCCCUACUCAAUGAUUACAUUGCACGAAAUGGCAGAAACAGAUGAAGGAUGGUUGGAUGUUGUGCAGUCUUUAAUUAGAGUUAUUCCAUUGGAAGAUCCAUUGGGACCAGCUGUUAUUACAUUGUUACUAGAUGAAUGUCCAUUGCCCACUAAAGAUGCACUCCAGAAAUUGACUGAAAUUCUCAAUUUAAAUGGAGAAGUAGCUUGCCAGGACUCAGGCCAUCCUGCCAAGCACAGGAAUACAUCUGCAGUCCUGGGCUGCUUAGCUGAAAAGCUAGCAGGUCCUGCAAGUAUCGGUUUACUUAGCCCAGGAAUACUGGAGUAUUUGCUACAGUGUCUGAAGUCCCAGUCCCACCCCACGGUCAUGCUCUUUGCACUCAUUGCACUGGAAAAGUUUGCACAGACAAGUGAAAAUAAAUUGACUAUCUCUGAAUCUAGUAUCAGUGACCGGCUUGUCACGUUGGAGUCCUGGGCUGAUGAUCCUGAUUAUCUGAAACGCCAAGUUGGUUUCUGUGCCCAGUGGAGCUUAGACAAUCUCUUUUUAAAAGAAGGUAGGCAGCUGACCUAUGAGAAAGUGGACUUAAAUAACAUUAGGGCUAUGUUGAAUAGCAACGAUGUCAGCGAGUACCUGAAGAUCUCACCUCAUGGCUUAGAGGCUCGCUGUGAUGCCUCCUCCUUUGAAAGUGUGCGUUGCACCUUUUGUGUGGACGCUGGGGUGUGGUACUACGAAGUGACAGUGAUCACCUCUGGUGUCAUGCAGAUAGGCUGGGCCACUCGAGACAGCAAAUUCCUCAAUCACGAAGGCUAUGGCAUUGGGGACGAUGACUACUCCUGUGCAUACGAUGGCUGCCGGCAGCUGAUCUGGUACAACGCCAGAAGUAAGCCUCACCUACAUCCGUGCUGGAAAGAAGGAGACACCGUGGGCUUUCUCUUAGACUUGAAUGAAAAGCAAAUGAUAUUCUUUUUGAAUGGGAACCAGCUGCCUCCUGAGAAGCAAGUCUUUUCAUCUACUGUAUCUGGAUUUUUUGCUGCAGCUAGUUUCAUGUCAUAUCAACAAUGUGAGUUCAAUUUUGGAGCAAAACCAUUCAAAUACCCACCAUCUAUGAAGUUUAGCACCUUUAAUGACUACGCCUUCCUAACAGCCGAAGAAAAAAUAAUUUUGCCAAGGCACAGGCGCCUUGCGCUGCUGAAGCAGGUCAGUAUCCGGGAAAACUGCUGCUCCCUGUGUUGCGAUGAGGUCGCAGACACACAACUGAAGCCAUGUGGACACAGUGACCUGUGCAUGGACUGUGCCUUGCAACUGGAGACCUGCCCAUUGUGUCGUAAAGAAAUAGUGUCUAGAGUCAGACAGAUUUCUCAUAUUUCAUGACACACGUGAAAAAGUAUCAUGGACUUGUUUCUACUCAAUUCCAGCCAAUGUUGAAAAGAAAAA